AUGAGUGCCGACCAUGACGGGGCGCCAUCCUCCGAUGCUGCUCAGGCGCCAAAAGCACCCCAGCCCGCGGGUUCUGCCGCAGCGGCGAAUGCUGCCAGUGGACACUUGACCAAGAAGAUUCAGAAGGCAUUGACUCUUCGGAUUGACUCUCAGCAGUCACGAGACGCACUGAAAUGCCUGUCUGGGUUCUUCAGUGAGAACACCGUCCACACUAGAAGGAACUUGCGAUCCUCGAUCGAGGGCGAGAAUUUGUUUCUGCACAAGGAGUUUGUGCAUGCUUUUGGGGCUUUGGAGAGCCAGCUCGAGAGCCUCGACCGCUUGGUCGGUCGGCUGGAUGGGGCCGUGCAGCGUGCAAGCGACCAGUUGAGAGCCAGCCGAUGCGAGACGCAGGCGAGCUUGGAGAAGGCAGCUGCCCUGCGCAAGGAGUCAAUGUCCAUUGAACUCAAGCAGCAGGUCUUGGAGAAGUUCCUGACGCGGUUUCGGCUGUCAGAGGCAGACACGCAAGUAGUGCGUUCUGGCGACAGACCACUAGAUGAUGACUUCUUCACGGCUUUCGAAAGGCUCGAGCAGGUACGUGCUAAUGCUCGCCAUAUGCUGAACACUAGUGGCCAGCAAACUUCUGGAGUCGAUAUCUUGCAUGAGACAUCAGAGGUGUUGGAGGCUUCCUACGAGCGAAUGUUUGUUUGGGUCCAGCAGCAGUGCCGGGGCUCAAGAGAUGCGGCCGUGGCAAAGAGCACGUCUGCAGAACUGGAAACCCCUGCUGGGAACGUGCUGAAGCGAGUGUUGAAGCUGCUGAAAGAGCGGCCGGUGUAUUUCAACCACUGCUUGCGCGACAUCGUGCGGGUCAGGAAGCAGGCGCUCCAGCAAAGAUUUCUGGAGGCGCUGACUCAGGGAGACUCCUCCUUCGGAGCGCGGCCCAUUGAACUUCAGGCCGGUGAUCCGGUGCGAUAUGUGAGCGACAUGCUGGCGUGGAUUCGAGAGCAUGUCGCCGUGGAGUGCGAGGCAGUGACUGCCCUCAUGGGCUCAGAGACGCAGCCUGAGGUGCGGAAAAGCAGCGGACAGGAGAAGAGUGCCGAUUCCGUCGAGGGCUCGACCCUUAUCGGGUUUGCGGAGGUCCUCGACAUUGCAUUGGAAGGCAUCGCCGCGACCCUCGUUGCCAGAACGAAGCAAGCUUUGCAGGCCAACGUGGCGAUAGUAACUAUGUACAAAGUGGCCCAAGUCUUCUCCUUUUACGCGAAGACAAUUGCAGACACGCUGCGACGGAGUGAGUCCGCAUUGGUGUCCACAUGCAUGGACCUACAUGCCAGAACGUACCAAAACUUCCUGGAUCUUUGGGAAGCUCAGGCCCAGAAGCUUCGGCAAGGUGUCUCUGGGGUCUACGUCGCAGCCCUCUCUGCUCCGUCCUUUGUCCUGGAAGCUGUCAAUACCUUGCAAGAGGUAUUGUCCAUCUACGAGAUGGCUCCUGUUCCAACCGGCGAGCGCGAAGCAGACUUCCUGCCAGUCUUGUCUGCCGCCUUCGAUCCUCUGUUAAAUCAUUGCCAGCAGGUUGCGCAGAUGAUGGAGACCGCAGAUGGGAUCGUCUUUCUCAUUAAUUGCGUGUGUGCGAUGCAGAUGCCCUUGCAGAAGCAUGAGUUUACCAAGCAGCGGCAAGAGAUGUAUGCCAGCUUUCUCGAAGACCAGCUCAAUCGCUUGGUGGAAGGUCAGACCAAAGCUGUUCUGUCGAAAGUUGGCCUUGCUGAGCGGUUGAAAGCAUUGCGUGAGAAGCUACCCGAGACACCGCUCAGUUCGGUUCCUGAGCUGCAUCCGGUUUCCCUUGCUGCGACUUUGCGAUCCUUCUACAACUCCUUGUUCACUCUCGGUGGAGCCUUGUCGCUGCGUCUAUUGGAGCGCAUCGAUGACGUGGCCUUGAGAGAAAGGGCCCGCAAAGGCGUGUCCGGACUCAUCGCCUCUGAGUAUGAGGAGCUGUAUGUGGGCAUUGAAGCCCUCGGCGUUGCCACGCAUACACCUGCCCAGGUCCGAACAUUGCUGGAAGGAGUCUGA